CAAAAAAUGGCGGAUUUAGAAGAUGGGGAGAUACUUGAUUCGGAUGAAGAGAUUCCUUCACCUGUUGAAAACAUCAAGAAAUUGGAUGCUGUCUCUUUGACGUAUCCACAUGAAGGUGGUGAUGUCCCUUCCUCUUUUACCAUGAGACAGCCUUCAACCAAAACCUCAUCAUUGUCCUAUGAAAACCAGAAAUAUCGCAGCAGACACUUAAACCCACUGCCGGACAGUGAGGAUGAAUCAUCUGAUACCAGCGAUGAAGACACAGACCUUUGGCAGUGUAAAAAGGCCAAGUACUUUUCAAAGCCAAGGAUUCAGAGUAUGGACCUUGCUCAUGAAAUUACCUCCCCUCCACGAGGACAAAAGCCACCUUCAAAUGAUACAGAUGAAGAUGCAAUGGAAAGUCCUCAAAAGAAAAGGAAAGUGAACAAUGUUUGGGGUUCAGUUAUAACAGAACAGACCAUCACCCAAUCAUUCAAAGCUGGUGCAAAUGUUGAAAAAAAUGAGGAAUAUGUAGAGGAAAGGGAUGUAGAAUCCUAUGAUUACACGAAGGCUCAUCAUGAUGAUAGGCCAAGUCUUGUAGAACAACGGCCUAUUCAAUCACGAGAAAGCACCGAUCCAUUUGAAAGUGUUCUUGAUUCCAUAGAGGAGCUGUACGAUGGUGACUCAAAAAAAGCUGAAAAUAGAAAGCGAAAAAGACAUGUGAAGGAUAGGAUUGGUAAAAAGGAAUAUUGUAGUGUUAAAGAUAGAUUAGGGAAAGAAGAGCAUAAGAGUUUGAAAGAUAGACUAGGUCAUGUAGAUCCAAACAUACAUAGAAUUAAAGAAGUAACAGAGGAAGAUCCAGAAGAAAAAGUGAUUAAGGCCAUAUUAGAUAUGUUAGAUGAACCCAACACAGACUUGUUUGCUAGGAUUGUCCGUGUAAUUGGGAGAGGUUUGGCCCUGAAAUAUGCCCACCAGACGGAAGAUGUUGAGUCUGCUGGAGGACUGUGGACUUAUGGUGGUGAACGACGUCGAACACCAGGUGGUGUUUAUAUACAGCUAUUAAAGAACAGUAAAGAGGUUACUUCAGAACAGACAAAGGAAAUAUUUGCAGAGGAGGAACUGAAAUAUAAAAAGGAAAAGCGGAAGUUUCAGCGAGCAAGGAGAAAGAGACAAAAUCAAUUAAGAAAAAUGUUACCACAAUCAAAUUACAAAUCCAAGAAUUCCAAAGAGGGUGGAGCACAGGAAAUGGAGAUGGGUAAUGAAAAUGUUCCCAAAAUAAAGAGCUGUGACGAGGAUAGUGAAGAUGAGGAUGGUGAAAAGGACAUUGCUCAGGAAAUAGAGGCAGUUAAACAGCUACAAAAGGAGGCACAAGAAAUGGAUGAAAAUGAAUUUUCGUUUGAUGAUUCUGAAGUACUUGAUAUUGAACUUGGUGAGUGUGAGAGUAUUGACUGAAAAAGUAGGGAAAAUAUUGGUCAAGGAAGGAAAAGUUCAUGUGAACACUUGAGCCUAGCAGAAAAUUUUGUACGAGAGCAUUGACUGAACCAGUGUAGAAACAACUAUGAGCAACACCAUAUGUACAGCAGAAAUGGAUGAAAAUGAUUUUCGUUCAGUAAAUAUGUGUUAUUGAAACAAAAAAGCUCAGCGGCAACUCUCAAGGAAUGAGGUGGUUUCUGUUGUGAUGGUUUUGUGUAAUUGAAAGUCUUGGGAACAAUUGUUGCAAAUUUGGUCAAUUUAUUACAAAAUAUUUGUUAAUAUGUUUAUUUUGACUGAGAGAUGAUGUAUUAUGAAGACCAAUAAAACUUCCUCAUUCUGAUUAUAUAGUAGUUGGACACCCAA